UCAAGAUCAAGACCUGAAUAUUUUACUCCGUAAAAUAUUUAAUUCCAUCUUCCUCACUGGCGCCGCCAGUCGGAAAGCCCAAUUUUAUGCCAAGAUGAAACUUGAAGCUAAGUGCCAUUGACGACGAAAGAAGCAUUCAAAGAGUGAGAAGAGUAUUUCCAUCUGUUUGCUGUCACAGAGAGUGGUAAUCUUCUUGGGUAAAAGCCAUAGAAGUUUCUGCUACCUGGUAAUAGACAUGGCAGCAUUGCUGAGAAUGAGAGGCAGCAGGGUUUACUCUAAGCAGCAACAUAGUCUUUCCUUCUUGCUGAAUGAAUCACUUUGCUGUGUUCAGCUCCUGAAAUUACGCUCAGUCUGUAGUUCUGUCAAAUUUGAUGAUCAUCAACACUACAAUAAUACUCCCAGCUCUCCUAACCCAAAUACCCCUCGGUCGAACUUUUCUCCUCCCGAGCCUAUACCCAAUAGGCCAUUGAGAGAUGAGUCUAGAAGACCCCGGUUUAUUCCCCGGGGCCAACGGCAGGCAGGGAGGCCUUCUGCUAGUUUCAACCGACCUGAUGGGCAAGAUAGAAAUCAGAGUCCACAGGCUAGUAGUGGCGAAGAUUUUCUCAAGAGAUUUCAGCUUGGAUUUGACCAUGAAAAAAGCGACCCAAAUCAUACCAAUCCUCUCAAAGGAGAGAGUACUGAGAGUUCUGCUGAGGAAUCACCACCUCCACCGCAAGAUGCAGAUGAGAUAUUUAAAAAAAUGAAAGAAGCUGGGUUGAUUCCAAAUGCUGUAGCAAUGCUUGAUGGGCUUUGCAAGGAUGGAUUGGUUCAAGAGGCAAUGAAGCUCUUUGGGCUUAUGCGUGAAAAGGGUACCCUUCCGGAAGUAGUUAUAUACACUGCUGUAGUCGAGGGGUUCUGCAAGGCUUAUAAUCAUGAUGAUGCUGUGAGAAUUUUCCGAAAAAUGCAAAGCAAUGGCAUUAUUCCUAAUGCUUUCACUUAUAGCAUCUUGAUCCAGGGGCUUUGUCAAGGAAAGAGAUUGGAGGAUGCAUUUGGGUUCUGUCUGGAAAUGUUGGAGGCAGGACAUUCACCUAACUUAGCAACGUUCAUUGGUUUGGUUGAUGGGUAUUGUAAGGAGAAAACGUUGGAGGAUGCCCAGAACAUGAUUCAAACACUGAGGCAAAAAGGUUAUUACCUUGAUGAGAAAGCUGUUAGGGAGUACUUGAACAAGAAAGGACCAUUCUUACCAUUGGUUUGGGAGGCAACCCUAGGCAAGAAAGCUUCACCCAGGCUAUCUUUGUUUUAGCUAUUUCGAAUGCUUGGAAGAGUCUCAAUACUUUUCUUCCUCCACCCCACUUUCCAUGUGUUCACACAUUUUGCCUAGUUCAACAGGUAUUGGCUGUUAGCAAUUAGCCACUUAAGUUCAAGAACGUCACUGAAUGAAUGUAGUUAAAGUGGUUGUAGUUAGUUAUGCUUGGAGUAUCAUCAGCCAUUGAAUGCGAUAAUAUCAUUAUUUCCAUUUCACAAUCUGAAUUGAAGGUCCUGGAGAAAGAUUAUUUGCAAACUAAGUAGUUGUUGCAAAGACUGCAAUAUGGCCAAUGUACAAUAGUUCAUUUCCUUUUGCAGAAAAACCUUUUGCAGGUUGGAGUGGAGAGGAGAGUAUGAAGGACAAAAAGAGGAUAUAGGUGAUGCCAGAUUUUGUCAUCAAUAAGACUCAGAAGUAAUGAACUAGUCUUAUACUUAUUUUCAAAAUA